GAAUAGCAGAUAAAGCAAGAAUGGCGGCCAAGCUUUCUUUUCUCCUUCCAUUUUGCUUCAUCGCUGCAUUCCUGACCGUCUUCUCCACUGCAGUAUCGGCCACCACCACAAAAGGCCCGAGUUGGGUCCUCGAUCGAGCUCUAGCUACCUGUCAUGGCUCCAUGGCAGACUGCAUGAUGGACGACAUUGAAUUUCAGAUGGACUCCGAAAUCAAUAGACGCAUAUUGGCCGAUGUAAACUACAUAAGCUACGAUGCGCUCAGGGCCAACAAGGUGCCAUGCUCACGCAGAGGAGCAUCUUACUACAAUUGCCAGCCAGGUGCUGAGGCUAACCCCUACGACCGUGGCUGCAGUGCUAUUGCUCGUUGCCGAAGCUAACGAGUUGUGUGUUUACUUUUGUUAACAGAGAUGAGCAGUAGUUGUAUGAGGUCAUCAUAGAGUAUAAUCAUCACUAUAUUAUCAAUAAGAAAUCAUGCAGAAAUAGCAAGUACAAGUCUAGAACAUAUUGCACUUUUCUGUUUCAUCCUAA